GGUUCCAGGUCAGGGCGCGCGGGGGCGGAAGCCGCGGCCACGGCUGUCAGAGCAGGAGAGGGGCCGGGCGGAGCGGCCAUGGAGGGUCAGCGCUGGCUGCCGCUGGAGGCCAAUCCCGAGGUCACCAACCAGUUUCUCAAACAACUAGGUCUGCAUCCUAACUGGCAAUUUGUUGAUGUAUAUGGAAUGGAUCCUGAACUCCUUAGCAUGGUACCAAGACCAGUGUGUGCAGUGUUGCUUCUCUUCCCUAUUACAGAAAAGUAUGAAGUAUUCAGAACAGAAGAAGAGGAAAAAAUAAAAUCUCAGGGACAAGAUGUUACACCGUCAGUAUAUUUCAUGAAGCAAACCAUCAGCAAUGCCUGUGGAACAAUUGGACUAAUCCAUGCUAUUGCCAACAAUAAAAACAAGAUGCACUUUGAAUCUGGAUCAACCUUGAAAAAAUUCCUAGAGGAGUCUGCAUCAAUGAGCCCUGAGGAACGAGCCAGAUACCUGGAAAACUAUGAUGCCAUUCGCGUUACUCACGAGACCAGUGCCCAUGAAGGUCAGACUGAGUCCUCCUCGCCAUCCUCAUCACAGCCUCAUUCUAGCCACUGCAGAACGAAGGCCUCAUCAUUGUGUCACCAUGCAUCCCUGCCCUGGGUCAAACGUAACCAUGUAGGCCCUGCCAAGGCUACCAGUCCAUCUCUCCGUCUUCGUCGCUGGCGACCCUUCUUACGCCUACCAUCUUUGGGUCUCCAUUCUGUUGCACCAAAUAUAGAUGAAAAAGUAGAUCUUCAUUUUAUUGCAUUAGUUCACGUAGAUGGGCAUCUCUAUGAAUUAGAUGGACGGAAACCAUUUCCAAUUAACCAUGGGGAAACUAGUGAUGAAACUUUAUUAGAGGAUGCCAUAGAAGUUUGCAAGAAGUUUAUGGAACGUGACCCUGAUGAACUGAGAUUCAAUGCAAUUGCUCUUUCUGCAGCAUAGUUUGUCCAUAAUGGAAACACCAAAUACUGUAUUAUUUGCGGCAAAAUUAAAUUUCUCCUGCCAUACACUAACUCAAAAAUUUUGAUAUUUUCAUUAACUUGACUGAUUAAACUUUAUGUGAACUAA